AGUUCUGUCAAACUCCGCGCGAAUCAUUCCGAAAAACGGAGCCAAAACUGUAAACACAAACAGUGAACUUUGUCCAGAAAGUGGAAGCGCUCUGCUGCUUCCCCAGCUCAGAUCCCCGUGAAAAUGGGACUCGAUUUCGAAGUGCAGGACUACAUCAAAACGUUGAACAAGAAUAGUCCCCCGUUCCGGUGCCCCAAGUGCGACAAAAAGUAUAAAUCCGUAAUUGGACUGCAGUACCAUUUGAACAACUAUGACCACGAUAAUCCGUCUCCGUCGACGGUGGCACCGGUUCCGGUGGUGGCCAAGCAAGCGGCAGCAGUAGCGGGACCGUCCGCAGAAGAGGAGAAAACACCUACGGCUCCGGAAAAGCCGGAAAUAGAACAAACCCCGGCGCCUAUCGAAGACGACGCCAAAGUGGAAGAUGUGGAAAUGAAAGAGCCGUCGGCAAAAGAUGAUAGCGAAAAACCUGCCCCGAGUACGAAAGCCCCCGGGAAAGGUGCCGUGGCAAAGGAAACGCCAAUCCGACCGCCCAAUAACAGCAAACAGAGGAGUCAGAAGAAGAAAAUGGCAGUGACCCCGAAGAAUAAGAAUCAGACGGCCCCGGCCAGGGAAUCUUUGACCUACAUCGAGCAAGAAGCGCUCAUCAAGAUCGAAUUCGGCGGUAAAAACAUUAAUCUGUCUGUGGACGAAGAGUUUGAGCUGAUCACGCUGGACGAGCAGAAGAAAAAGUGGGACAAUCCGGACGUGGAACUGUUUGCCGUGCCGGCACCGACGGAACCGGAAGUGAAACUUCCGGAAGGCAAGUUCAAGGAGAUCGAAGAGUACAACAUCCACGACGCCCCGGCGCGGCCAAAUGCAUACAUUCGGUUCAUCGAGAAGAGCACCGAGGAACUGGACGGAGAGGUUGAGUACGACGUGGACGAAGAGGACACUACUUGGUUGGCCAUAAUGAACGAACGCAGAGCGCAGCAAAAUCUUUGUCCCGUGCCUGUUGAUUCACUGGAACUGUUGAUGGAUCGCUUGGAGAAGGAAUCCUAUUUCCAGGCGGCGGUGACCGGUCAAAAUGGUGCCCCCGUGGAUGACGAUGCCGUGUGCUGUAUUUGCAUGGAUGGAGAGUGCCAGAAUACGAAUGUCAUUCUGUUUUGCGACAUGUGUAAUUUGGCCGUCCAUCAAGAUUGCUACGGAGUCCCUUACAUUCCCGAAGGCCAAUGGCUUUGUAGGCGAUGUCUGCAAAGUCCCAGUCGGUCAGUUGACUGCGUUCUCUGUCCGAAUACCGGAGGAGCUUUCAAGCAGACGGACAGCAAUCAGUGGGCUCACGUCGUUUGUGCUCUCUGGAUCCCGGAGGUACGGUUCGCUAAUACCGUAUUCCUGGAACCAAUCGAUUCGAUCGAAACCAUUCCUCCGGCCAGAUGGCGACUUGUGUGCUACAUUUGCAAGCAGAAAGGCAUAGGAGCUUGUAUCCAGUGUAACCGAAGUUCUUGUUAUGCUGCAUUCCAUGUCACGUGCGCUCAACAAGCCGGAUUAUGCAUGAGAAUGGACCAGGUUCGAGGAAACGACACGCACCCGAUUGUCGUUCAGAAAACUGCCUAUUGCGACGCGCAUACGCCGAUCAACGCUCUGGGAUCUCCAGGAUCUGGAGGCGAAACCGAUCCGCGAGAAGCUUGUCGCGAGAAAAUGAAGAAAGCUCGCAAAAUGUUGGCCAUUAAACGGACUUCGGCUCCGGUGAUCCUGAUCCCAACCAUUCCUCCGAAUCGAGUGGAAGAAAUUGCAUCGCUGGUUAACAUUGCCAAGAAGCAGCAGUUCAUCCAACGGUUGAUCGCCUAUUGGACUCUCAAGCGUCAGCAUAGAAAUGGAGUUCCCUUGCUACGUCGUCUUCAAAGCCAAGGACAAGCCCAGGGAGCGCCAGGACGCGACAAGAACGAUGGCUCACCAGACGCGCGAGAACUCUACCAACAGCUUAAAUAUUGGCAAUGUCUUCGACAGGACUUGGAGCGAGCUCGUCUUCUCUGUGAAUUGGUUCGAAAGCGUGAAAAGCUCAAACUGAUCAUGAUCAAAACCAGCGAACAAUGUGUCAUGGCCCAACUGAAUCCCAUCGAGAGCGUUCUCCACCGGAUUCUCGACCAACUGGAAGCGAAAGACAUUCAGGAAAUUUUCCGAGAACCCGUCGAUACCGAGGAAGUGGCAGAUUAUCUCAAAAUUAUCACCCACCCGAUGGACCUGGGAACUAUGCGACAAAAACUCAAGUCCGGUUACUACACCAAUAUCGAAGACCUGGAAGCCGACUUUACGCUGAUGGUCACCAACUGUAUGACCUACAACAACAAGGACACCAUGUUCUACCGGGCGGGAGUCAAGAUGAGAGACGCCGGAACGAUCAUCUUCCGCACGAUCCGCAAAGAGCUGGAGCGAGCCGGUCUGCUGGAGAAACCCCAACCUCCGCCGGCAGCCGUCCAAGGAACGGAAGACACCCUUGCCAUCGACAUCGAAGCCGAGUUGAAUCUGCUGGCGCAAGAACCUCCCAGUCAGGAGUUGAUCGAAAAACUCCAACAGCAACUGGCCAAGGCCGGCGGAAUCAGGCACGGCAUGACGCGCGCCAAGAAGGUUAAACACAUCCGGGCGGAGAUUGCCAAGAUCAAGCGGGCUCUUUCGAAGGAACCGGAGAAACCUGCGCCGCCUGUUGAGAAACCUACGCCCGAACAGCCAACGCUGAAGAAGGUGGCAGCAGCCGAGACGGCCACUUCGAAAUCUCUUAAAGUGCAACAGACGCCACCGGCCAGUCCGUUGAAGAUCCUGAAUAACAGUCCUUCACCGUCGGGUGUCAAUAGAAGAACUGCCGUCCUAUUCACGCGCAAAGCCCAGGCCGCCCUCAAGAAGCCGGAAACGCCAUCCAAGGAGGAAGCGGCCAUCGCCGCAACGACCGAACUGCUCCAGAAAACGGCCAAAAAAGCAACCCGAGGCAAGCGCGGCGCAUCGAACAAGGGCAAACAAGCCGCCGGAAUCGGGGGAUCGGAUGGCGGUUUCCUCAACCUACCGGGCCCUUCCGGAACCGGAGGGAGCCGCAAGUCGUUGGAAUCGUCGUCGGAGAAAAAAUCUUUCGAAGCCAUCCCGGACAGUUUUCGGGUGUACCGGGGCGGUCAGGAUCGGGAGAUCUCCGAUUCGGACGACAGCAAUCUCAGCUUCACCGGCAGUACCUGCAGCAGCUGUAGCGGAUUCAGCGGAAGCGGAACCGAAUCGGAGUUUGGAAGUUCCAGCAUGGAUGACAACGAGUCCUUCUGUGAUUCGGAAAUGUCCACCAGCGAAACGGAAGCCUUCCCAGAGAAACCUGCGCUGGAGCCGCUCAAACUGGUGUGGGCCAAGUGUCGAGGUUAUCCGUGGUAUCCGGCACUGAUCAUUGAUCCGGACAUUCCCAGCGGGUUUGUCCAUAACGGAGUUCCCCUCCCAGCUCCGCCUGCCGAUGUCCUGGCCUUGAAAGCUAACUACGAAGAGCAAGUGUUUCUGGUUCUGUUCUUCGACGUCAAACGGACCUGGCAGUGGCUUCCGGCCAACAAAUUGGAGCUGCUCGGCGUCAACAAAGAACUCGAUCAGAGCAAGCUCGUGGAGUCGAGGAAACCAACUGAGAGGAAAGCCGUCAAUAAGGCCUAUCAAGAGGCGUUGCACUACCACAGUCAGGUGUCGAGUGCCGAUGGACCAGCCGGAAAGCUCUAGAGGAACAAGCAGUUGCUGAUAAAAGUUUUGUUAAUGUUUUUGUGCUAUUGAAAGUAAACGAAAUUGUUGGUCCCGUGAUCGGUGAUGAAAUAUUGCUACGUUAUACAAUUUUGCUGCUGCAUACGCGUUUUAGAUGUAGGACUAGAGGCACCUAGGUUUAAGCUAUUUCGUGUACUAUUUAUCGUGUAGAUUAUGAUUGAAUGUUUUAUCGGACCGAGAUGAUACUAAUAAAGUAUCGUUCAAAACAGGAAUAUCUACUUAAUCAAAAAAAGAAACUCGAA